CGCACCGGAACGUUUCUCGAGUCGAGGUCCAAGCGCGGAAUAAACAGAGUCGAGAGACUAGAGAGAGAGAGAGAACGACGCGAGCAGAGAGGCGAUCAUGAUGCUCGGUGGAAACGGCAAGCGGCCAGGGGCACAGGGCUGAGGGCUGAGGGCUCGCAAGAGCUCGUUUAGCGCGUUCCACACGCGUCGCGCGAAGGUUCAGCGAUGGAACAGGUUAAACCGCCUUCCUCGAGACUACUCAGCACGUCCUGCAUCGAGAACAAGGACGAGUUGGAAGAGAAAUUCGAGAGAUGUUACACGGUGCUUCAGAACCUGACUGCAGGACUGUCGGAAAAGGAAGCUCACGAUACCUUGAAUAAUGCCGUAUGCAAGGACAAGACGCACGAAGAAGUUUCACUGGGAUUACUGGUGGUCAUCCUCACCGAUCCACAGGAAGCCGCUAAAAGUUAUAGGGACUUAACAUUGAUUACCCGAGAUGGCCUUGCUAUUGUGUUAGGUCAUCUUAAUCAACUGGUACUCGAAAGGUACCUGAGGUUGCACGACGUGGCCAGGAGUCAACUACUUUGGCUGCUCAGAGAAAUGAUAAGGACCAGUGUUGGCAACGUCGAUAACCUGUGUUUAACUUUGCUGAGGCAUGCAGCUGGUGGUGAUAUUUCCCAGAGGAAUUUGUUCCUCGUCGACGCCUUGUUAGAUAUAUUUCAGGAGAACAGACCAUGGUUGGACAAGUUUCCUUUUCUGGUUGCUUCUAUCGUGUACACGUACUUACGACUGAUAGAGGAUCACAGUGCACCGCAUCUGUCCACGCUCCGGCAAAAGGAAGUAGCUUUCAUGGUAUCCUUAAUACGAGAGAGAAUAGUCGACUGUUUAGUUAUUGGCAGGGACUUAGUACGCUUGCUCCAAAACAUAGCAAGAAUUCCAGAGUUCGAAGCACUUUGGAAGGAUAUUCUUCUCAACCCAAAGUCUCUCUGCCCUACGUUCACCGGAGUGCUCCAAUUAUUACAGACGAGAACUUCUCGGAGGUUUCUCCAAUCGAGACUCACUCCGGACAUGGAGAGGAAACUCGUGUUCCUAACCAGUCAAGUGCGCUUCGGUAACCAUAAAAGGUACCAAGAUUGGUUCCAGAGACAGUACCUAGCAACUCCCGAGUCUCAGUCUCUAAGAUGCGACCUCAUACGCUUCAUCGUUGGAGUGAUACAUCCAACGAACGAACUUCUCUGUUCGGAUAUUAUACCACGAUGGGCUGUGAUAGGCUGGCUGUUCACCACGUGUACGUCGACCGUGGCUGCUAGUAAUGCCAAACUAGCCCUAUUUUAUGAUUGGCUUUUUUUUGAACCCGAGAAGGAUAACAUCAUGAACAUCGAACCAGCGAUUCUUGUGAUGCACAACUCUAUGAGAUCACACCCUGCAGUCACUGCCACUCUUUUAGACUUUCUUUGCAGGAUAAUACCUAAUUUCUACCCGGCCCUGACGGAGAAAGUUCGAAACGGUAUUUUUUCUUCUCUGAGACAAAUUCUAGAAAAGAGAGUCUUAGCCACUCUGUAUCCUCUAUUUGACAGUCCCAAACUAGACAGAGAAUUGAGAUGUAAAAUACGAGAGACGUUCAAAGAGUUUUGCUUACCACCCAACUCGGAUCCUGCAGGUAAUAAGCUUCCGAUAUAUUCAGGUAAAAUGGAAGAUCUUAAUAAAGACAUCGGUCCAGGGCUCAUGUUGGAGAAUACAGGGAACUCAGCGAUAGAAAACAACCACGUGGGUCAAGAACAAGAACCAGCAUUUAGCGACGAAGAAGAGGAAACUCCAUUAAGGAUAGUAACUAAAACUGAAGAAGAAGAGGAUGACGAGGAAGAUGUUCCGUUAGCCACGGUGAAGUUGAAAAAUGAACAAAGGAACUCGAAUUGUGUUGUAAAGAAAGAGGAAGUUACUUCACAGCUGAAUUUCAUGCUCGAGCCCGAAGAGUUGCGAACUGCAAUGGAGAGUCUUCAUCUCGAAUCCGACAACGAGGCUAGAUGUCAAACGAUGGAAAGGAUAGUGCAGAUGGUCGUCGAAGACGAGAUAGACGCGGAAACAAUACCGGCCUUGGCUUCCUGCAUUUCCACUAUUCUUUCCCCGCAAAUCACUGCGCAGAUAUUUCCCUCGGACAACCUAAAUGAAGAGGCACUCGCCGACAGCAUCAGCACGCCUAUCUUCGUCAUGUUCCGAAAUCAGUUUCAAUUAUGUAAGGAAGAAGACAACAGGAGAAAGCUGUUAGCACGGGUACUCGCUGAAUUGCAAUCUAUUCAACCACGAAUAGGCUACUUGCUUCUAUACUUCUUAAAAGUUUGGGGAAGAGAAGAACAGAAAAGAGAAGGGGAACCAAGUAAUAUUUUAAACGACGUAAAAGCAUCGGUGUACAAAGACGUUUGCACGCAGCGAGAAAAAAAAUUGGACGCGUGUCUCGUGCAGGAUUUAAAGCUUUGUCACGAGGAUGAUAUCUUCAUGUUAUGCUACCUGGUACCUGACGUCUACACGGAAUUUCAAAAUAUAGCCUUGGGUAACGUACAGCUCUUGCACCUUGUCGUGUCAACGGUGGAUGCGUGUCAAUUGCAAGAAUUGGUCUGCCAAAUAAUGCAAGGCCACUUGAAGAUGCUAAAGAAGGAGUCUUUCACCGCUCUCUUAACUGCCAGUCUUAAUUGGGAGACUUUCGAGCAAUACUGCUUCUGGCAGCUAAUCUUCGCUCACGACUUCCCAAUCGAUUACGUGUUACCAGUUCUGCCGAAGCUGCAAUUUCGUGACCACGCAGAAGCUCUCACCUCGAUACUUUUCAUGCUUAAACAGGAGAAGCCCACCCCGGAACUCUUGAAGCAAUUACUCGCUCGACAGAGCGCGGACGGUGAUAUGUUCGUAGUUGCGGCAUUACGGUAUUGGUGUCGCGACUACGAGGAGAAACUCGCUGAACUUCUGGCAAACUUGUUAAGUGCCCGUUAUCCUGCAACUAGUCCGAACAAGCGGAAGCGAACCGGGGCGAAACACAACCAAACCGGACCACCCUCUGGGGAACAAGUCCUCGGACAUUUGGACCAGCUGCGCCAGCACUGUAACUCGACGACGGAGUUGCAAUUGUAUCACUCGGAAGUGAUGCAGCGGGCGUUGCAACAGGCCCAGGCGGCGAGUAGCGAUUCCCUAAGGAAAAGUUACGGCGACCUCUUCGCCCUGGCCGAGGUAAACGAGGAGAACGAACCUCCGCCACCACCGCCGUCGACAACUGCGAGGAAACACGCGGCUGCAUCCGCUGCGGGAGGUGGCGGAGCUGGGAAAGGAGGCCACAGGAAAGCUGGAGCUAACACGAGGGAGAGGUCUACUACGAAGAGGCCACCUCCACGGGAUAGGAACACGGAGAGUAGCGACCAAAGUAGCGAGGAGGAAGAGAUCGUAAAACCAAAGCAAGCGAAGAAGAGAAAAAAGAUAAAUCCCGUCGACUCGGACAGCGACUGACCACCCAGUGUCUUCAUACGUCACAUGGACCACGUCACGUGUGUGCAGCAAAUUAAGCUAGCCUUAAGGAUACUAAGAUAAUAUAAUAUAAUAUAAAGAUUAGGUACACGCAAAUGCGAAUAUAGAUAGGUGACGAGCUGUAAAUGAAACGCGAGAAAUUCGCGGGGUGAAAGAUAACUCCUCUCGGCAACAGGUGUUCUAACAAAUCUGUGACGUUUACGGGUGUAAGCCUUUCGUUAAUGUUUAGCCUUGUUCUAACUACAGUCGUUUUAACGACGGACAAUUUAAUAACACGUUUUGCGAGAGAAUGCACGCGGAAAGUGUAGGGAUUGAUCGAGAGUCAGAUUGCGAUCCAAGCAACCGCUGUGUUUAAGUUUCAACCAAUGAUCAAUUUCUCUUUUUUUUUCUCCCUCCGACUUUCAGCGGUGAACGGGGAAACGCGUUAACGUCUCGACGCGUUAUUAACGAAUCCGAAUCCUCGUUAUGUUGCCAUACCUGUAAAUAUAGUAUCUACGAAUGAUAGCUAAUUUUUAUUAGAACUAAGUACUUUCCGCUGCAGGAGUAUCGUGAUGCUUCGCGGUGAAAAGCGUGCAGUUUUACAACCAAAUGUAUUCCGUUUGUUACGUCAGCUUAGGGGAGCACAAUCAUUUAGUAAUUUUAUGAGCCUUAUUGUUUAACUCGGCAGCGAGUCGUCCACGUCGGACCGAUAAAUAUGUAUGUUUACCUGUCUUACCGACAUUUUAGGGACUCUCCCUUUGAACCAUUCGACAUCUAGGGUCAGAGUCGAAUUUGACGGAGUUGCUUGAAUGCUAACAAUAACUUUUUCAUUUUAUUAAAACACUCUCUUCGGAAUGAGAUAAUCUCGGUCCGAUGGACCACUCGUCGUUUGCGGAGGACCUUCUCUGUAAUCUAAGUCGACUAAUGAGCGUCACUAGCUACACUCAGAAUGUACAUUUCCUGUAAAAUCAAUUGCAUUAGAUUAGGUAGUUGAGUUAUGUAUUUUCUAGACUGUACAUACGGGAAAAGAGACGAAAGAGGACAUACGUUUAGUCGGUCUUACGUAUGGGAGUCGCUCUGAUAUCGCGUGAAAUCGAUUUUAUGAUGAUCGAUUGGAGAGGCAGAAAGAGACGCGGAUCAGCGAUGGGAAGAGUGUCAUUUAAUCACGAUUGCAAUUGAGGAUGUAACUCCUAAUUCUUGUAAUAUUUUUGAACCGUUUUCUGUGAGUAAAUCAAUUAGCAGAUGUGUAGUUUGAAUGAGAUUUAUUCACGAAAGCAUUGAAAAUAAUAGGAGAACUAUGGUAUGAUUACUUAAUUAUGAUUGUUAUUAAAUUGCAAUUUUUUACAUAUCCGAGGUAUAGUGCGUACCAUUCGUACGUACUAUGGAGCUGAUGACGCGAAUGUCGCAUGUGAACGCAAACGGUAUGAAUGGCUGAGUCGUCGAUCGGGCGCGGCGUUUUACGAAUAAGCUGUACAAUUUAUUCAUAAAUUUUGCGUACGAACGAUUGGUAAUAGCAGGGCCAGCGUUAUUACGGACUUUUCUACGUGUAAAUAGGUGUCGAGUUUAAUCGAAGGGAAUGUUUAAAACGAACGCCAGUGGCUUAGCUUGAACUUGAGCCGGUUGUGCGGAAAACAAAGUGUAAACAUUUAAUGUUUUUAACGAUCUUGUACACACGAAAUACAUGUAAAUACAUUCGUAGGAUAAUCGUAAUGCGGAUAUAAACAUUUAAUGUUUUUAACGAUCUUGUACACACGGAUAAACGUAAAUGUAAAUACAUAGAGAUUACCGAAAA